UGUAUUAGUUGAUGUACAAGACUAAGAGUCUAGAGUACUUAUGCUAAUCAAAUAAAGUCAAUGCUAGACCUUUUCUUCAAUUUGUCGUCUUAAUUGGCGAUUAUUGACUUUGAAUUAAGGAACCAUCACUGCAAAUCUCCAAAUAAAAACUCCAUUUUCAAUUUCUAAAACAUUCCAUUCUUACACAAAACAUUCGUACCUCCAUGGAUCGAGAACAAGAAGAGCUUCAAUUCUUAGGCUUCUUUGGCAUAUGCAAAGAGUCAACCAAUAUUAUCUUUAGAUGGUCUAAAAUUUUCACCAAGAUCACCCUUACCUUGAUCAUCCCUCUCUCUUGCAUUUCCCUAGCCAAUGAUGGCUUUUCCACCUUCAUUUCCGGCAAGAUUAUCAACAACGCCGAUACCUUAGAGUACAUCCCUCAAGGCACCCCGACUUAUAACAAGAUUUCUAACAUGAUCUCCUCGGAAUGGACUACAUUUUGGCUCAUCAAACUCGUUUACCUACUAUUCCUCCUUAUAUUUUCUCUCCUGUCAACCUCUGCAGUUGUCUAUACAGUCGCAUGUAUCUAUACUGGUAAGGAUAUCACCUUCAAGAAGAUCAUGAGCGUAGUUCCAAAGGUUUGGAAGAGACUGAUCAUCACCUUUUUAUGGAAUUUCGGCAUAAUAUUUGUAUAUAACUUUGUCUGGUUAGUAAUUUCAUUUUUCGUUUUUGUCAUAUGGUUCUUGUUAUUUUUUCCGAAUGGUAACCUAAUCGGAAAAAUAGCCUCAUCCAUCCUCUUGAUAAUAUACCUUCUUGGGUUUACUUAUAUUAAUGUAAUAUGGCAAUUAGCAAGUGUUGUGUCCGUGUUAGAAGACACAUAUGGGAUCCAAGCUAUGAAGAAGAGCAAAAAUUUGAUCAAGGGCAAAAUGGGAAUUGCAACAGCUAUGUUCUUGGUAUUCACAUUUUGCUUGGUGGGUAUUCAAAUUUUAUUUGAGCAAUCUGAGGUGAUUGAUUUGACGGUUGGGAUUGGAGGGAAAAUCUGUUAUGGAAUUUUGUGUUUGAUGAUGUUGACUUUGUUGUUUCUCUUUGGGCUUGUUGUACAAACUGUGAUUUACUUUGUGUGCAAAUCUUACCACCAUGAGAAUAUUGACAAGUCAACCUUGGCUGAUCAUCUUGAUGCUUAUCUUGGAGAAUAUAUUCCUUUGAAUUCUAAGAACAUACAAUUGGAGCAAUUUCAUAUGUAAACAAUCAUUCGAAAGGUUUAUCGAAAAACAAAUCGAGCAGCAGAUUAUGUUGAUUAAUUGGGACAUUCAACCCUGAUAUCUACACAAAUAGACUAUUUUCUAAAUAGUUUUAUCGUCAAGUUUUAAAAAGGUUGGUGUUCCUUCCCCUUUUUUCCCUUGUAAUUAUAUUUCAUAAAUUUAUUUAUUACCAUGUGUAUCUUAUGAUGUAAUUUAUUACAUGAGUAUGUUGGGAAGAACUUCAAUGUAACAUGUUAAUGAUUUUAAGUUGAGCAAUACUAUGAUAAGACUUUAUGUGAAA